AAAAGUACUGCAUAAGGAUAACGUUAAAGCUGGGGCAGAACAUUAGUUGUUCCCUACACAUUCAGUAAGUACUGCUUUAGAUCUACAUUCCAGGCAUAUCCUCAUGACUGAAUACUGAGUAUACCUAAGUAAAAAACUCUUUAUUAACCUUUGUAUUCAAAAAAUUUAUCAUGUUUACAAAGUAAUAAAAGUUUAUUUAUUAUACUCCUCAGGUCAUUGAAAGUCUCCUGCACCACUGGGCCAUUCGGCUGAAUCUGGGGAAUAAUAUCUACAUUAUGAACCACUACACGAGCGGUGUGAUCCUCUAUGGAGAGAGAGAACUAAUCAGGAGACAAAGCUUGUCCAAGGUGAACUUUGACAACUAUCGAGCCAUUUUAUCCUUUGUGAACAUUGGAAAUGUACACUGGAAGUUUCUGUACAUAAAUGCAGAUGACAGCUGUCUGUAUUUGGUCGAUCCUUCAAGAAACUCUUUGGAGCAGGAAGAGUCUGACCGUGCAGCCAAAAGAUUCCGUGAAUACUUCAAAAUGAGAAGGACAUGCUACAACAAAACAGACUGGGUGAAUGUGAGACUUCAAGGAGGAGUACUGACACAUCCAUUUCAACGUGAUGGUUCUAGCUGCGGAGUAAUGGUCAUCAUGAUGGCCAAAGCAGUAAUGGAAGCAUUCCCAAAUAAACCAGAAAUGACAUUUUUGACGACAAAAAAAGAGAUGGCCCUGGCACGAAGGACAUUUGCACAGACAAUACUUGAGGCCUCAGUUUUAGUAUUUGACAGUGACACCAACUGUGCCAUGUGUGCAACAGCGAAACCACCCAAUCCAGGACCCUCCAUCACUGACUGGAUCCAGUGUGAUAACUGCAACUGCUGGUUCCAUUCUGAAUGCCUGGACAUGACAAAUGAACAGCUCAGCAGCGCUCAGAAGACAGAGUGGAAGUGUGUGCUUUGUGUAACCUAAUUCCACAUGCAGUGAAAGGUACUAGAAUAAUCUGCUUAUAGUUAUUAUUGGUGUUUUGAGGAACACAUGUGUAAAACACAAUAUGUAUAACAUUCUUGCUUUGAGCACGUAUUUUAAGUAUUUCCUUUUUGAUUUUUUGUGUUGAUUUGUGUGAUGACAGAUAAUGAAUAACAAUAUAUCAAAAAUGUAUAAUAGUAAUCUGAGAAAUCUGUAAUAUGAGAAAUGUAAUUUCUCACCCCAACCGGUCACAGCAGAUGGCCGCCCCUCCCUGAGCCUGGUUCUGCUGGAGGUUUCUUCCUGUUAGAAGGGAGUUUUUCCUUCCCACUGUCGCCAAAGUGCUUGCUCAUAGGGGGUCAUAUGAUUGUUGGGUGUUUCUCUGUAUGUGUUAUUGUAAGGUUUAAGUUAUUAUGUAAAGUGCCUUGAGGUGGAUAUUGUUGUGAUUAAGCGCUGAAUAAAUAAUGUCUAAAACUAAA